ACUUUAGCUCACUCUGGCUCUCGAAUAGAUCCGAUCAAUAGUUUGAUCGGAAGAAGAGACGUUUCUCCAGAUCUACUCGAUCGCAAAAUCCAAAAAAAAACUUUUCCAAUUUUUCUGGUGGAAGUCUCGAGGGCUAGGAACUUUGAGGGUGACAUUGUGAUCACUUUUCUCCCUCAUUUAUUCCAACGAAUAGUGUACAUAAAAAGUGUAAAUUUGAAGCUGUUAAAAUUUCGACACGAUGAUGCAGUUCAGGUGGCUACUUUUGGUCUCUCUCCUUACGAUCUCUGGAGUGGUGGUGGAUGCUUAUGGCACCGGUGACUACGGCUACGUGGGAUUGAGAGAUAACUAUUACGCGAGUUCAUGCAAGGACGCAGAAAAGGUGAUAAAGAAAGCCGUUCAGACUGAACUGGCCAAGAACCUCAAGCAUGCAGCUGGUGUCUUGCGUAUGCAAUUCCAUGACUGCUUCGUGGAGGGCUGCGAUGCUUCUGUACUGCUCGACGGGCCUAGAACCGAAAAGACGGCUCCUGUCAACGCGAAGCUCGCAGGAUUUGAAGUGAUCGACGCUGCCAAAGCUGCCGUGGAAGCAAUCUGUCCUGGCGUCGUUUCAUGCGCCGACAUCCUUGCGUACGCAGCUCGCGACAGCACAGUCGAGCUGAACGGCACAGCCUGGGCGGUGCAAGGUGGAAGAAAGGAUGGCACUGUUUCUCGGGCCUCCAGAGCCGAAGCCGAGCUGCCACCGCCGGAGUUCCAGGUGUCUCAGCUCAUAGAUUCUUUUGCUCGGAGGGGAUUAUCGGCCAGGCAGAUGGUGGUUCUUUCCGGCUCGCACACCGUGGGAGUGAGUUUCUGUGACAAAUUCGUUUCGCGCCUCUACAACUUCAACUCAGCCUUCUUCACGGAUCCCUCGAUCGACCCUGCAUAUGCCAAGGAGCUCAAGAACAUUUGUCCCCAGCACACUUUCAACACCACCAUCGAGGUGUUCAUGGAUGUAAUCACUCCCACAUCUGCAGGCGUGUUCGAGGCCAAUUACUACAAGACACUGCAGGAGCACAAGGGCCUCUUCACAUCCGACCAGUCGCUGUUUGACGAUACCCGCACAAAGGCCAUGGUGACAUCGCUGCUGAAUAAUCGUCGAUUCCAGAAGGAGUUCGGAAAGGCUAUGCGCGCUAUGGGAAGAGUGGGAGUCAAGACCAAGGGCCAGAUCCGCACCAACUGCAGGGUGGUGAACACAUACUAGAUGAUUCCGAGUAACUCUCAUUUAAAAUUUUUAGAAGAGGAAUUUAACAUUAGUAGUGCACUCCGAAGCCAGAGCAAAGUAAAUUGAGAAGCUAACGAUUAAGCUCACCGAGUGGUCGUGUAUUAAAACUUUAUCAGAAGUAGAAUUCAACGUUCGGAGUGCACUCCGAACGACAGAGCACACGAUAUUGGAAAGCACACGAUCGAGCGCACCGCUUGGUCAUGUGCUUUCCAAUUUACUGUCGACAAAUUCUUAUGAAGUGAUCAACAAAACUUUAUGGGUUUCAUCCUAUCAUGGGACCGAAUCUUCUGCAGAAAACCUGGAACGAACUUCGUCUGUGAAUAAAACCUUCGAUUUACUACAAUGUUAAAUGCUCUCAUAUUACCAUCAAAUAGAUCAAUCUUGGUGUCG